CCAAUCAGCUCGCCCCGACGUCUAGGUAAAACCACCCCACAGCGCAGACUCGGCACCAGUUGUGGACAGACAGAAGGUGCUUGUGGAUCGACGCCUCCCCUACACACACGUGACAAAAUGAACCGUGCCACUAAGUCAGGAAUUGCCGCCGAGGCCCAGUCUAAGGUUGACGCCAAGUACAACGAGGAGCAUGCCGCCGAGUGCCUCCGCUGGAUCGCCGAAAUUACCGGCAAGGACGUCGACCCCAGCGGCGCCCAGGACAACUUCUACGAGCAGCUCAAGAACGGCGUCCUCCUCUGCGAGGUCAUCAACGCGCUGAAGCCAGGACAGAUUAAGAAGAUCCAGACCUCCAGCAUGGCCUUCAAGUGCAUGGAGAACAUCAACAACUUCGUGGACGGGGCCAAGGCGUGCGGCGUGCCCUCCCAGGAGACUUUCCAGACUGUUGACCUGUGGGAGAGGCAGAACCUCAACUCUGUGGUCAUCUGCAUCCAGUCCCUCGGCAGGAAGGGUAGCCAGUUCGGAAAGGCUUCCAUCGGGCCCAAGGAGUCUGAGAAGAAUGUCCGCCAGUUCACCGAGGAGCAGCUGAACGCCUCCAACACUGUCAUCAGCUUGCAGUAUGGCUCCAACAAGGGCGCCAACCAAGCAGGGAUGUCCUUCGGCAACACGCGCCACAUGUAGGCUGCACAGCGGACCGACACGAAAACUCUCUCAUGAUGCACCUCAAGAAACUGGGAAAAGAAAUGGGUGGGGAUCAAAAAAUCAUAUGCUGGGAUUUAAAAAAUUCGCACCAAGUGCAUUCCCUGGGGUCAUGUUGGUGUACAGUAUCAUCAUAGUUUAUUUUUCAGGAAUUACAGUUGAUGAAUUGAAGGAUUAUUCAACAGAGUUGGUUGUUUAGUCAAGGAAGGCUCAGCGUGUAAGCAGACAGCAGUGGCCUGGCCCUCCCUGACACCCCAUAGUGAUGAGAAGGUGUGUGUGCACCUCCCUCAAGCCCUACGAGGGUGGAAGAAGGAGCACAGGUCCUGCUGGCUGUCGGCUGGGCUGCCCACGACAAUAAUAGGGUUUAUCUGCUGUUAUACUUGAUGUGUAAGGAGAGCGAUAGUUUUCUACGAAAGUAUUCUAAGAUUUUUUUCCAUUUGAAACUUUAGAAAAGUACAAUUCAAAGUGCAUAUAUAGUAUAUAUUAUAAAAAAAGUAUUUAAUCUUAACUUAUGUGAAACUUAUGUGAAAAAAAAGUUGCGUUCAAAGGCUGGUUGGUCAUGCUUUCACAGACCUGGAUCAUUCUUACACUGCUCAACUUGUGAAGUGAAUGCUGUGUUGCACUUCUCCUCUUGUCCAUUCCUCAUGCUUCUAACCAUUCCUUCUUUUGCUGUCACAUUCCAAGUCUUAUGAACUUUUCUUUUCAAAAAAAUAAAGUAGAAAGAGU